UAAAGCUGUCAGUAAAACCAGAGGAGGCUCAGCAGAGAUCAGGUCUCACUCCUGUCUGUCAGGUUAAAGGAAGUAGAGAUCAGCUGACCUCUGACGGCACCAUAACAACCGUAACAUGACAGUAGUGUUUGGUAACGCUCCAGUCCCUCCAGUGGACAUGAAGAAGACUGACUGUGGGUCUGAACACGUCUCCAUGGAAACCAACAGCAACAGUGAGGCGAGGCUGUCGUCUGCAGCUGACUGAAGAGGAUUUGAGGGUCAGUGUAAAGGCUGUUUGUCUCCUCGCCUCAGCCUCAGCCUCAGCCUCAGCCUCAGCCUCAGCUUCAGCCUCACCUUCAGCUUCAGCCUCAGCUUCAGCCUCAGCCUCAGCCUCAGCCUCAGCUUCAGCUUCAGCCUCAGCCUCAGCCUCAGCCUGCAGUUACUCUGGAUUUUCAGAUGAUGUCAAACCCCUCUGAUACAGACUAAAGUGUGGGGAUGACGUCCAGACGGACGGCGGCCUGUCAGGCUGCACUGCUUCCUGUGUUUGUGGGUAAACUGAGGUGUAACGUCACGUUUGUGGUGGAGAGCUCAGAGAAGAUGAGAGCUGCUCUGGGGUCAGUGAAGCGGCUGCUGAUUCAGACACUGCUGAUGAAAGCUUCUCUCAGAGACUCUCUGUUCAACAUCCUGACCUUCUCAGAGAAGGUGACGAGCUGGUCCCACCACAUGCUCCCCUGUGCUCCGGACACCGUCUACACAUCUCUGUCCUGGAUCCACUCCAUCAGCUGUGGCCCCGGCAGAGACCUCCUGGCGGCCCUGAGCGUGGCCCUCUCUGACUCCGCCUGUCACUGCGUCCACCUGCUCUGCACCGACCUCCCCGACCAACCGCAGGCCGUCCUGGCAGCUCUGCCCGUCCUGUCAGCAGGGAGGCCCGUUAACGUCUUCUACCUGCAGGACUCAGGUGUUCACCUGGACAGACACACCUCAGACUACCUGCAGUGUCUGAGCCGUGCCACCAGGGGGAGCUGUUACAUGAUUCCUGUAGGUGUGAGUGGCGUGCUGGAGAAGGUGUUUCCUGUCGUGGAGAGUGAGUCAUCAGAGCCAGUCAGGUGUCUCUGCUCAUUAAAUCUACACAGCAUGUCGUCCCCUCUGCUCAGGUGCAGUCUGGGUAAUCCUUACAUGCUGUCUGGUCAAACACUGGGCGCUCCGGAGUUUUUCCCAGGAUGCCGAGUGCUGGCCAGGAGGGAGGUGGACGGUUUCUACUACGUAGGAACUGUGAUACAGGAAGUACAGGGCCGAGGAGGAGGAGGAGGAGGAGGAGGAGGAGGAGUUUGGGUCGUGGAGUUCGACCAUCCAGGAGGAGCUGGUUUGGGGGUCGUCUCCUCUCAGAAGCAGCUGGUUUGUUCUCUCGACAUGUUGAACCUCAGCAAACGUCACACACGCUGUCUGGUACCUGGUGAUGCUGUCCUGUCGCCAUGGGAACCAGAUCUGAGGAGAUACGGGCCGGGGAGAGUGAUGGCCGCCGCACAACGCAGAGAUGGUUUAGGAGUUGAUGGUUUAGGGAGCGUUCAGGUGCUGAUGUGGAACAGCUGUGUGUCUCUGGUCCCCUGCAGCCUGGUCUCGUCCAUCUCGUCCCCUCAACAUGACAGAAUCGUCAGAGAGCUCCACGUCAUGACCUUGGCCUCCGGACGGGGCAGCAGCUGGCUCUGUGCCCGCUCCUCCUCCUCCUCCUCCUGCUGUCAGCCUUCAUCCUGCUGCUCCGUCUCAAACCUCCCGCCAUGUUUCUGUCCACCCAGCUGUGCGUCCAGCUCUGGAGGACAGGACGGGCCUGAGAGGACGGAGGGAGACAAACAGCUGGACCUCAAAGAUACAGAUGUGAGGAGGAGCGACCCCGAGGUGCCCUCCUCCUCCUCCUCCUCCUCUUCGUCUCUCUGUGAAGGUGGGAGCAGAGCGGUGAAGCUGAGGAGUAAACAGCAGCGUCCUCCCUGGAGGUACUGGAGACGAACCGGUCCAGAGCCUCAGCACACACAGCCAGGCAGCACGGCGCAGAGGAGACCACCACAACCCGCCAGGUUCCCGUUCCCCGUUCCUCAGAUCAGCGCCUCGCCCAAUCACAGCUCUCUGUUUCAGUCACUUCCUGCUGCUAAAGGAAGACGAGCUGACAUCAGAGAUGUUUUAGGAACCAGCAGCUUCAAACCUCGACCGCCGGCUGGACUGCGACCAUUCUCUGGAGACGCCGCUGUUUACACAUGAUGUCAGAGUGCAGACAGGAAGUCUAGAAACUCCAGAAACUGGUA